AUGUCGGGUGCAGGUGUUGACAUGAUAAGCGACGUCUGGGAGGCCGGAGACUACCUCUGUAACCAAUAUGCAAACACGGCACAUGAUGCAGUUUCAUGCAUUGCACAAUUCAUGAAAUGCCGCUCUGCUCUGUCUGCGUUCUGUUGUGCAUCCCUUGUCUGUCUGCUCAGGUAAUGCGGUGGUGAGAGAGGUCACCAGGCCCAGUGUCGACGGCAUCGGCAGGAUCAGCCAGCACAUCAAGCAGGCCGCCAACCAGAAGAGCUUCCGCGAGAGCUAUGAGGCAGAGCAGGCCGCCAUCCAGGAGCUGCGCGACCAGUUCCUGCGGUUCCAGCUCGAGGAGGAGCGCCGCUCACUGGAGACGGCUCACAACCAGCACCGGAUCGACAAGCGCGAGAAACACCUGUUCAUGAGCAUCGCCACGUCAGGCAGCCUCACGGAACUCAGCAGCCACCUGCCGCCGUUUCUCUCCCACCUCAGCCGCACCCUCGGCACCACCGGCACCUAUCUGGCGGAGAUGAGACAGAGGGAGGGGGAAGACGUGCUGGCUUACUUUGCCGCCUCCAGGGGACAGGAGUUCCUCAUCGGCCAGGUGCUGUCGCGGAGCCAGGGGGUGGCCUGGCGUGUGCUGGAAGAGGGCGAGGGCGAGGGCGGUGGAGAGGAGGAAGGCGAGGCAGCCCCCGACGCCCUUGCUUUGGCCCAGAGGACCGAGGCCCUCGACCGCUCGGACAAGGACGUGCCGAUCCUCCGUGUCUUCCACGCGCUGGACCUCCCGUCCCUCCACUUCUUCCGUCUGUCCCGGCCCGGCGAGUUCUUCGCCCUUCCCGUGGUCUUUUCGGGCCCUCCGUCGCCCCCCCUGGUGAAGCAUCUCACCGCCUCAAUCACCGCGGCCAUGGACGCCCGUCUCAAGUUUGAGAGCGACAUUAUCGACGAGGAGCGUGCCAAGGAGGAGGCCAAGGAAGCGGCGCGGAGGGCUGCUGAAGCGGCGGCCACGACCGGCAAGGGCAAGAAGGGGGCUGCCAAGGCCAAGGCGGCGCCGAUCCCCGAGCCACCCAAAGAGGAGGAGAAGGACGAGAAGGGACCGGAGAAGAUCUUUGACUUCUUUGCCGAUGCUGCGGUCUUCCCACCUCCCAUGGACGGCUCCCCCCAGUGCAAGUGGGUGUUUUGCGGCGACACAUGUGGCGACCAGCCGCGCUUUCGGGAGCCGCUGGCCACCUCGCCCACCGACACGGCCACCGCAUGGAACCGGCGACUGGUGGAGGAGGGCCACACGGGUGCGCUGCUCGAUGUCGACUCUGACCGGCAGCUGACGGACAGCCAGGUGUGCAAGGUGAGGAGCGCCGGCAGGUGGCUGAUGGAGCACACCGGGCGAGCUGCCUUGGCCAGCGCCAUGCGGACGGCGCGGAUCACGGCUCUCAUGCAGAGGGGGACGCUGCCGGACAUCCUUGCUGCUACACAACAGGUCUGGGGCUCAUGACAGCGACGGCAAGGAUAUGUGGGUGCUGAACGAGUAUAUAAUGGCUGUGCUGUCUCUGUCAGGAGAUGGAGGCCCGUGUGAGUGCGGUACGUCCGGCAGCUGUAGUGGCUCCCAAGGCGGCCCCGAAGGCUAAGGCCAAGGGCAAAGCCGCCAAGAAGGGCAAAGAGGAGCCACCACCGACGGCAGAACUGACGCCAGAACAGGAGCAGGUGAGAGACAAGGAGAGAAAGAGAGAUAUGCAACGAGUGCAGUUGUUGAUGCACUCGUAUGCUGCAGGAGAUUCGCGAGAUCCAGCUGCAGUCACACCGGACCACUCUCGAGCAGACCGUCAAGUCGCUGCUGCUAGCAUACAGGUCAGAUCAGACGCUAUCAACAGAUAUCUAUGGGAUACACAUGGUAUGUGUCCUUUGUUCAGGCCAGGCGAGCAGGUGGGCUUCCCUGCUUCAUGUGCCCAUCUGUUCGAAGGCCUCUUCACUCUCGCUGGGCUGCCCCUUGCCGUCUACGCCGCAUCUGUCGACGCUACUGGUAAGCGAAAAUUGCCACCACACACUAGACGGACAGAAUCAGCUUCUUGCGUGUUCAGGGCUUGUGUCUGAUUCUGUGGAUUGGCGGCGUGUGGAGGAGCUGUGGAGCGAUGACGUGCUCAAGGGCAUCCUCACCUUCGCCGUCGACCGCGUCGACCGGCCACUGUCACUCACACGCAUCAAGGAAAAGCUCGGAGACAUCAAAGUAGCCACGCCGGCGUACCCACUCGCACACACAGUCACCAAAUGGAUUGUGUGUGUGUGUGUGUGUGUGUGUGUCAGGCGGAGGAGUUGGAUGAGGUGUAUUUGCCGUGGGGUGUGUUGGGCCGCUGGCUCGCUGCCGUGGCCGAAUGCCGACCCUACUACACCGCAAAAGCAAAGGACACUCUUGCUGAAGUGAGUUGUGAAUCUAUGAGACACGAGACACAGAAGCAAAUCGUCUCGAUUCUCAUGUCUGUCUGUCUGUCUGUCUGUUUGUCUGCCAGUUGUCAGACGUGAGGCUGUUGACGGUCGACGUGACGUACUUCGAGGAGGAAGCCGAGGCAGAGGAGCAGGAAGGACAAGCAAAGGAGGGCGCCGAGGCAGGUGAGUCACAAAAGUCACACAAUCACACAGCCAGCCGGCCAGCUAGCAUCACCAUUGUCCAUCCAUCCACUGGCAGAGGCAGCGGCCGAGGAGGGCGAGGAAGGUGAGGAGGAGGAAGAAUGCGAGGCCGAGCAGGAGGCUGAGAAAGGAGAGGCAGAGGAAGAGGAACCGACCGAAAAGCCUUUCAAACCACUCACACAAGGACACAUCGACUUGUUUGUCGACCGGGCCUUCACCGCAGGUGGGUUUGGUUUGGUUUGCAUUGCACAACAGAAACACCUCGCACACACUGCCCACCCUCUCCUCUCGUUGUUAGUCUCAGAUGGCGGCCGUCUUGGCUCCGUGAUGCUGCCACUGGAGGAGGCCGUGAUCGACCCACCACCACAGCCAAACACAACCACACUCCUCUGGUGCCCGCUGGAACAGGGCGACAUCUUUACUCCCUACGAGGGAGGGGACGAGAUCAUGAAGGAGCUCAUCGCAGACAAGGCAGGCACAUACCCACGCACCCAUUCACUCAGUCACUCACUCACUCAGCACACCACACGGACGACACCCGUCUCCCUCGCUCUAUGUCUCCCGCUUUUCUCAGGGCUGUCAUCUCUUCGUGCUCGGUGACGAGCAAGGCAACGCCAUCAAUGCCCUCAAUCGCACUUUCGAAUGGAACCUGGUCGGAGCGCCUCUGCCGGCACCUGCACCGCCUGGCAGUGGCCAGCCUGCUGCCGCUGGGUGUCACGUGACGGCCGAGACGGUGCUGCAGUACCCGCUGGCCGCUCUGGGUGGCGGGGAGGGGGGGCUGGUGGAGGCAGAGCUGCAGACAAAGGCCGCCCUGCCAAACCCACAGUGAGGAAGGCUGUCUGUCUGUCUGUCUGUCUGAAUGUCUCCGAUACGUGUGAGUGCACCUGGGCGUGUUGUGUUAUGUGUGCGUUUCAGCAUCUACCCAGUUGUAUCACGUCGGUGCUCCGCUCAUCUCGUCGACCCCACCUCUCUGCCGGCUGACGCAUCGGCACCUUUGACUCUCAAAGUGAAUAGUCACACAGAAAAGGACGUGGCGCAUACACGCACCCUCUCCCUCUCCCGCCCUCUGACAGGCGCUGGACUGUGCAGUGGUCCGGGAAGGUCGUGGGGAGGUCUGGCUCAUCUCGUUCGACCCGGAGACGGCGCCCGAGAGUGUGCAGUCGCUGCUCGCCUCGAUCCUGACGGCAACAGUGCUCAACAAGCGGCCGGUCAAGGGCAAGUUGAGGGGCGCUGCCGACCCGCAGGACUGGCUGGUGGGCGGCAAAGAGGGCAUGCGACAUCUCAAGAAGCUCGUCAACUACAUGACAUUCCCCAAAGGUGACUGACUGGCACAAGCCUCUGUGUGAAUGGCGUCAUCACUUCUUCCCACAUCCGCUCUCACAGGCAAGAAUCCCAACAGUGUAAUGGAGCACCCCCCUCCAGCAAACUACAACGAAGAGGACGAUGCCGAGGAGGAGCAGGAGGGGGAGCAGGAGGAGCCCGACGCCGAUGCAGAGGCCGAGACUGAGCACGAGCAAGAGGAGGGGCAGGAGGGGCAGGAGGGCGACACAUCCCCGUCAAAAAAGAAGCAAGCUGCUCCGCCGCCCGAGCCCUCGCUGAAGGAGAAGUUGCACAACGGUCUCGUCCAUCUGUGGACGUUUGAUGAGAGGAAAGAUCGCAAAAAGGAGGGUGUCGAGGUGCCGUUGCCUGUAGCGGGCGAGGCCGCCGAGGGAGAGGAUGAAGAAGGCGCUGCUGUGGUGCCAAAGGAGCCGAAAGACUUCUACUGGACCAGCUGGACGAGCGCUGCAGAGGUGAUGAUCACCACAUUUGACAAAGAAAGAGAGAGAGACACGCCCACGCCAUUCGACUCCUUCCAUCAGGCCAUUUGGCGCGGCUUGGACGAUCCCCCUGUCGCCCCUCCGGGCCUCUUUGGCGGCGCCAUCCGCCUCACCGGCCCCUCACACCACAUGACAAUAACCGACCUGCUUCCGCGCCCCUUCCCCCCUCACGACACACUCGAAAUGGAAGAUCUGUCGCUCGAAGGCAUCGGCGGCGGCUGGACCAUCGCCCUCUGGUUCAGGCCUGCAGUCAAGACGACGGAGAGCGAGCAGCGGCUGCUGAUUGUCAGGGGGGUGGGCGAGGCAGACAAAGGCCUGGCGCCGCUGAAUGGCUGUGAGGUGUGCGUCAACGGGCAGGAGCGGCUGGUGUUCCGGAGUGGCAAGAAUGUCGGUGUGGCGCCUGAGAAGGAGGAGGAGCCUCCUGAAGAGGAGGAGAAAGAGGGUGAGGCCGAGGGGGAGGCCGACAAGGAAGGAGACGAGGGCGGCGCGGACGAACAGGAAGUAGAGGCCAAGGAGGAGGCCGCUGAGGAAGAGGUAGAAGCGGAAGCUGAGCAGGAGGAAGAGGUGGUCGUUGACCCGCUGACCGACAUCAUUGCAGACGAGGUUGGCUAACGCCCAUCCAUCUUCACUUCCACGCCUGUCUCUGCCUGUGCCUGUGAAGGACCGUGAGUUGAUCGAGGGCACGUCUUUGGACUACGUGAUGUUCAUGGAGUGGAACUGCCUCGUCAUCACACAGAAAGGGCCUUACAGAUACCUCUACCUCAACGGUAAGUGAAAAGAGAAGAUGCACACAUUCAGAAAAGAUACUUACUUCUACACACACGUCACACAGGUCGGUAUCAAUCCUCGUGUCGCCACUACAUGGGCCCCAGUGCUAUAUCCACCUGGCACCAGGGCGACCCCCUGCCGCAGGAGGAGGGCAGCGAGCAUCCACCAGGGCCGUCCAUCCAGAGCCCCCUCCCCACUGGCCUCACUCUCGGCUGCCAAGCGGUGGAAGGCUGGAACGUGGCCUUCAAGGGUGACGUGUGCCAACUGGCCAUCUGGGACAGACCCCUGCCGACCAAAGAGGUCCAUGGAAGCAAGAAGACAUGAUGGACCUCACACAGAGGACAUGUCUCUGUCUGUCUUCUUGGUCUCCCUUGGUCCCCAGAGUCGCGACCUGUUCAUAGCGUCUCACGUGCGGUCCAUCCUGCUUCCGCCGCUGUCGCCUCCCCGGCCACCCAUCGUCACUCUCCUGCACGCAAACCCGCUGCUGCGCCUCUCCGCCGCGCAGAGCCUGGUGGCUCUUUUGCAGGAGCUGACCCUGCCGCUUGGCAGCCCACUGGAGAGCUCCGCCGACAUGGAGGUGCAGGUGGAGUUCCACCCAUUCGACGAGCCGUCUGCGCGGACACUGGUGGAAAGCGCCACAGCUGAUGUGGAUAUGCUGGUCGGUGCCGUGCAUGGCGGACACACACACACACACACAGAGAGAGAGAGAGAGAGAGGCAUCUUGUGUGCAGGUAUUGCCUCCGCUAGAGCGGUCCGCUUGUGUCGUUCCGAAGCGAGAGGAGGUUUUCGCCUGGAGGCGGCAGGGCUUCGAGGGCAAGGCCUUCCUGGGAGACGUACGCACGCAAGCAACGCACAUAUGGGCGUCGACGGGUGUCAAUCAAUGCAUGCACGUCGCUUGGUCUGUCGGUCUGUCUGUCUGUCUGAGUGGUGUGUGUCGAGCAGGAGGAACUGGACAUCCUGCGAGGAUACGUACGUCGGGGCGGGCGGCUGGUGGUCUUCACUGACCCAUACAAAUAUGCACUCGAGCUGCUCGGUACGAUGCAUGUCUCCGUCGUCCAUUGCACAUGCACCUCCUUGUCACUCACUCUUGGUGCCCAGGCCACCUGUUCGAGUCCUUCAAGCUGCCGUCAGCCCACGCGACAUUUGAACCACCGCGGCCCCCGCCUGCCUCCCCACUGUCCCUCGCCCCUCUGCAGUUCGCAUCACGACUGAUCCUGCCUCCACCCCUGCAGGACUUCUUCCACACGCACACGUGCCCCCCACUGUUUCCACGGUCGGAGUGGACCGCACCGGCAGCGUUCUCGCCAUUCGACCUGCCUGAGACUGCCAUCCCUGUGUACGGGAUGGAGGGCGUGGGGGCGUUCAGCGUCAAGCAGGCGGAGGGCAAGGUGACGUAUUUCGCCUUCGGACAGGAGGUGGGCAGGGAGGUGGCCGUCAUGGAGAAGAGGGCGGGGGAGGGGAAGGAGGGUGAGGCUGACCCUGUGCCAAAGGGAGGCUGGCGAGAGGUGAGCUCAAACAUCUGUGUAGAGGAAGGCAGACAGGGAGACGGACAGGCAGACAGACAGACAGACAGUCCUGGUUGAGCCGAUGGUGUGUGUGUCGUGUCUAUCUUGCCUUGUCAGGUCAUGUGGGGCAUCAUGAAAGGGCCACAGGUGAUGGACUACUAAAGAAGGCCAUGACUGUGUGACAGUGAGUCUCACUUUGGAAUCGGAUUCCAUAGCUUGAGACGAGGCUUGAGAUGCAUCGCAGUAUAGCACAGUGUGCAUGCAAGAACUGACCAUUAUAGCACCCAAUCGCACCAACGGAAUAAAUCAAUGAGAAGAAU